UCCUCGGAGGGCCUGCCGCUCGUUCUCUCGACCUUCAAAUUUGGGAGGGCAAGAAAGAAGCAAGAAGAGGCGAUUUUUUGGGCUUCGCCUUUUGGUUUCCGAUUCGAUCGAAGAAUUUCGAGGGUUCCUCUCCGUUCUAGAGUUCCCCGGAUCGUUUCUUCCCAAUGGUGGUUCUCCGAUGCGCCCCCGCCCAGAUCUCUGUUUCUUUCUAGAUUCGUCCGGAUUUCUCCUCCGCCGCCGCCGCUGCCGCCGGAGUUAGGUUUAGGGUUAGGGUUUCGGAGGACGGUAGGAGUUGGGAGAGAUGAAGGUGGUGAAGUCGCAGGUGUGGCAGCCGUGCAAGAAGAAGAGGUCUUGACGCAUUAAGAGGGGGGGAUGAGGAGAAACGUUUGGUUUGUCGAAGGAUAUUAGGGUUGGAAUCUCCGGAGGGCCAAACAUGAGCUCGGUGGGAAGGAUGAGGUUGGGGAAGUACGAACUGGGGAGAACGCUUGGAGAGGGGACGUUCGCCAAGGUGAAGUUCGCGAGGAACGUGGAGACGGGCGAGUGCUUCGCCAUCAAGAUCCUCGACAAGGAGAAGAUCCUCCGUCACAAGAUGAUCGGCCAGAUAAAACGUGAGAUCUCGACCAUGAAGCUAAUCAAACAUCCAAAUGUCAUACGGAUGUAUGAGGUGAUGGCCAGCAAGACAAAAAUAUACUUAGUUUUGGAACUGGUAACUGGGGGAGAGCUCUUUGACAAAAUUGCCUGUCAUGGAAAAUUGAAGGAGGAUGAAUCCAGAAAGUAUUUUCAACAGCUAAUCAACGCUGUAGACUACUGUCAUAGCAGACAUGUCUUCCACAGAGAUCUAAAGCCAGAGAAUCUGCUGUUAGACUCCCAUGGGGUGCUCAAAGUCUCUGAUUUUGGACUAAGUGCAUUACCUCAGCAAUUUCGUGAGGAUGGGUUGCUUCACACAACAUGCGGGACUCCAAAUUAUGUUGCUCCUGAGGUGAUCAACAACAAAGGUUAUGAUGGGGCCAAGGCAGAUCUUUGGUCCUGUGGAGUCAUUCUUUUUGUCCUAAUGGCAGGUUACCGGCCUUUUGAAGACACCAACCUUAUGUCUUUAUAUAAAAAGAUCUCUAAAGCAGAAUUUACUUGUCCUUCUUGGUUCUCUACAAGUGUAAAGAAACUUAUCAAGAGGAUUUUGGAUCCCAAUCCUGAGACUCGCAUUACAAUUGCUCAAGUCAUUGAGAAUGAGUGGUUUAAGAAAGGAUAUCAGCCACCAAGUUUUGAGACACCAGAUGUUGAUCUUGGCGAUGUGGAUGCAAUUUUCGGUGGAUCUGGGGACUCCACGAAUCUUGUUGUUGAGAGGCGAGAUGGAGGGCCAGCUGUAAUGAAUGCUUUUGAGCUUAUUUCGACAUCUCAGGGUCUCAAUCUUGGCACCCUUUUUGAGAAACAAAUGGGUACUGUUAAACGGGAAACAAGGUUUACAUCAAAAUUUCCUGCCAAUGAGAUACUUUCAAAAAUUGAACAAGCAGCCAUGCCUCUGGGCUUCAAUGUAGAGAAGCAAAAUUACAAGUUAAAGCUGAAAGGAGAGAAAAGUGGAAGGAAAGGUCAUUUAGCCAUUACGACACAGGUUUUUGAAGUAGCACCCACAUUAUGCAUGGUGGAGCUUCGUAAGUCUAAGGGUGAUACCUUCGAAUUUCACAAAGUUUACAAGAACCUCUCAACAGGUCUGCAAGAUAUUGUAUGGAAGUCACAAGAUGAAGCCAAUGGGACUAUUGAAAAUUAGAUUUGCAAUUUUAAUGAUGUAAAUACUGUGACUGAUGACGUUGGUCUGUAUUAUGUUAGUAGAUGGAAGGUUUCCGCAUUAUAGUUACCUUGUUCAUUACUGCGAUUAACCAUUUAGAAACUUUACUGGAUGUUUGGGUAUGUAAUAAAUGAUUUGUACUUCUAUAGCAUCACUAGAUUUUGUUUGUAAA